AGGUCCAGCUGUUCCUGGGAAAAGUUUUACCUGACCAAGGAAGCACACUACUUCUGUCUGCGACGACUCUCAGCACCAAACUACUUAGCCAUUGUAAAGAACCCAGUCAUGGAGGAGACGGUGUGGGAGCAGUACACCGUAACACUACAGCGGGACUCCAAGAUGGGGUUUGGCAUUGCUGUUUCAGGGGGGCGGGACAAUCCCAACGAAGAGACUGGAGAAAUCUCUAUCAUCGUCUCAGAUGUCCUGCAGGGAGGCCCAGCGGACGGCCUGCUAUUUGAAAAUGACAGAGUGAUUCAGGUCAAUGCCGUAACCAUGGAUAACGUGCCUCACUCCUUCGCUGUGCAGACGCUCAGAAAAUGUGGGAAGGUGGCCAAAAUUACAGUCAAGAGGCCACGGAAAGUUCCAGUCAACCUGAUGAAACGUGCUCCUUCUCCUGAUGACCGUGUUUUCAGUAACUCUGAGUAUAAUGACGAUUAUGACUAUGACCAGGACCGACGCAGCGUAUACAGCUCACACAGUCAUCUAGACCGUGACCACAGUGCAGAACGAGAACGAAGGGGCUACCCAGAACCCGAGUACCUGUCCAGAGACUAUGAGCGUGGUCGGGGCAGGAGCACAGAGCGUGACCUGAGUCCGGACAGGCAGUAUAGGAGAGACGGGAGUAGGGGACGAAUGCUGGAACGCGAGCGCAGCCCUGAUCGUCGUUACCGUAGCGAACACACCCUCGACCAGGAUCGUAGUCCAGACCGCAGAUAUCGCAGUGACCGCACUUUGGACCGCGACUACAGCCCUGACCGACGUUACCGCAGCGAACGUGCGUUGGAUCGUGAUUACAGUCCUGAUCGUCGAUACCGCAGUGACCGCACACUGGACCGCACACACAGUCCCGAUCCACGUUACAGGAGAGAGCAAAGCCCACCUCGGGGUUACAGAGAGAGAGUGCCUAGUGACUAUGAACACAGGAGGGAAGAACCACUGAAGAGGAGCGGCAGUCGAGACCAUCUGGAUCGCUCAGCUUCAUCAGUUCAACCCCGAGACGCUGAACCCCUGGAGAAGCCACUCAAUGUUGUCCUUCUGAAAAAUCACCCUAAUGAGGAAUACGGCCUGCGACUGGGCAGUCAACUCUUCGUCAAAGAAAUGACCAACACAGGCCUGGCCUCUAAAGAUGGAAAACUGCAAGAGGGUGAUAUCAUUUUAAAGAUAAACGGUACAGUCACAGAGAACCUGUCUCUGAGUGAUGCUGGAAAAUUGAUUGAGAAAUGUCGUGGGAAGCUGCAGCUUAUGGUUCAGAGGGAUCGCACCCAGGUGCUGGUGCGAAUGCCCCAAAUGGCAGACAGCGAUUCUGAGUUGGAUGAUAUCUCUGAGAUUGAGUCAUACCGAUCGUACUCACCUCAGGAUGACAGGAGAGGCCACCAUUCAGACCUUUCCUCACAUUCCUCCAAUGAGAGGCUACGAGAGAAACCCAGAGAAGAGCCUCCAAACAGGCUUGCUAAGAUGGGUGCCAUGCCAACCCCAUUCAGAACCACUGAGGAUCUGCCUCCGCCUUUGGAGAGAGAAGAGCCUGAAAUUGAAGAGACUGCAGCACCAGCGGUCAGUGCAGCUCCAAAAGUCAGUGUCCCUCCAAAGGUCUCUGCACCUCCAAAAGUACUCUUGCGCCCCAGCGCAGAGGACCAAGACAUCUAUGGACCCAACACAGUGAUGGUGCGUUUCAAAAAGGGUGACAGUGUGGGGCUGAGACUGGCAGGAGGGAAUGAUGUGGGCAUCUUCAUCGCCACUGUCCAGGAGGACAGUCCUGCUGAACUGGAGGGACUCCGGACCGGAGACCAGAUCAUGAAGGUGAAUAACAUGGACUUUAGAGGCAUGGUUCGGGAAGAUGCAGUCCUUUAUUUACUCGAGAUACCAAAAGGGGAAGAUGUGACCAUUCUGGUACAAAGCAACCCUGGUGUCUAUAAGGAUAUCCUGGCCUCAGGGCGGGGGGACAACUUCUUUAUCAGGACUCAUUUUGAGUAUGAAAAGGAAAGCCCUCAGGGCUUGUCCUUCUCCAGAGGAGAGAUCUUUAAGGUGGUGGACACUCUAUAUGACGGCAAGCUUGGCAACUGGCUGGCUAUCCGCACAGAUAAAGAAAACCAGCUGAUGGAGAAGGGCAUCAUACCCAACAAGAGCAGAGCCGACCAGAUGGCUAAUGUACAGAACGCCCAGAAAGGAGCUAACAAUGACAGAGGAGACUUCUGGAGACUAAGAGGCCAAAGAGCAGCAAAGAAGAAAGACCUCCGCAAGAGCAGAGAGGAUCUGAGUGCAACUCCUGUUACAACACGCUUCCCAGCCUAUGAGAGAGUGGUGUUACGAGAGGCUGGAUUCAAAAGACCCGUAGUCUUGUUUGGUCCCAUAGCAGAUGCAGCUUGUGAGAAACUAGGCAAUGAGCUCCCAGAUGAGUUUGUGAUUGCAAAGACGGAGCCUAAAGAUGCUGGCUCAGAGAAGUCUUCAGGAGUGGUCAGACUGAACACUAUUAGACAGAUCAUUGAACAGGACCGGCAUGCUUUGCUUGACGUUACACCAAAAGCUGUGGACACGCUGAACUACACGCAGUGGUACCCAAUAGUCAUCUUCUUCAACCCAGACAGCAAGCAGGGUGUGAAAACCAUGAGGAACCGCCUGAUGCCUGGUUCCAACCGCAGCUCCCGCAAGCUCUACGAGCAAGCGGUCAAACUGAGAAAAACAUGCACACAUCUUUUCACUGCUACCAUUGAUCUGAACUCAGCCCAUGAUGCAUGGUUUGGGAGUUUAAAGGAUACCAUAAGAGAGCAACAGGAUCGAGCUGUUUGGGUCUGUGAGGGCAAGCUGGAUGGCUCGGAGGAGGAUAUUGAUCUCCAUGAUGACAGCAUGUCUUACAUAUCGGCCAUGGGUGCUGACUACCUGAGCAUGGACAGUCGUCUGACCAGUGACUAUGAGGACACAGCUGAUGAGGGUGGAGCUUACACAGACAAUGAGCUGGAUGAGCCCGCUGAUGAGCCACAGGUGUCUGCAAUCAGCCGCUCCUCUGAGCCUGUACAGCCAGACGAGAGAAUACAUCCUGUACCUCCAGCUCGCAUGAAGAGAGCAGGCAGCAGGGAGGUGUUGAGAGAACCCAGCCCACCUCCCUCCUUUGUCCCUGAGCCUCCCAAGGUGAGAGCACAGACUCGAGGCGACUCGUCCAGAAGCUAUGACUCCCGCUCCAGCAGUACAGCCAGCAGUGACAGACCAGCUCCACCUCCAGUGGCCCACAAACCCAGCUUCGUACCACGAACCAACACGGCUGAAAUUCCUGAGACAGAUGGUGAAGAUCCAGCAAACCGUUCGUUCAUGGGCAAGAUCAAGGCUUUUGAGAAGAUGGACCAUUUGGCCCGUGCACAAAGGAUGCUGGAACUGCAGGAGGCUGAGCAUGCACGGCUGGAAAUAUCUCAGAAGCAUCCUGACAUCUACGCUGUCCCAAACAAACCAAAGCCCAACCACAACCGACCACAACCCAUUGGGCUGUUUUUCAUGUCUCUGUUUUUUAAUUCCAGUUCAAACUCGGAGAGCCAGUCUGCAUCAUCCAGGCCACCGUACUCAGAGAGUCGCCCUCAUUACCAUGGAGACGAUGAUGAAGAAGAGUAUCGCCGCCAGCUAACUGAGCAGACACGCCGGGGCUAUUACAAUCCUCAAAAAUAUAACGACACCGAACUGUAGGACUCCAUUCCCCAGCAUUCCCUCACCUGACAUCCUGUUUCUAGCCUGUCUGAAAUCCUAAUGCAGGAAGACCUCGAGCCACAAGAACUUACAGAACUUGAGGCCUAACACACGCAAGUCCCUCUGUAUUGUGCUUUUCCACUUUAGAUGAAUAACUUGUACAUGAACAAGCCCAUACUUUCCUUUUGUACUGUGAAAACUGUAUUGGAUUCAAAUCUUUCACUAUAUAUUUGAUAUAUAUUUAGAACCAUACCCUCAGACUCUCACCUUCUCCCCAGAAUGAAUAGGGUCUUACUGAGGUUUGGUGUUUUUCUUUUUUGCUUUUUGUUUUGCUAUUUGUUUUUAUAAUGCAGUUUCUCAGUGUAUAUAUUCAUGUGUAAGUGUAGUUCGUCAUAUGGUAUUUUGUUACGUAUGGUUCUUGGGAAAUAAUGUUCUUGAUUUACAUAGCAGCUGUAUUGGUUUCUAUUGUGAUGGGUGCCCAGCUCUCUAACUUUAAAGUGGCUCUCACAUGGAAUGAUUUAUUGUUAACUUUUGCCUCUCUUCCUGUGUGAAAAAAGGCGUUUAAAAAAAAAAAAGAGUUCAAAUACUGUCAAAGUGCCUUUAGAAAGCCUGUUCAAUGAACUGACAGUUUACCUGGGUGAAGAAACAAAACUAAAUAUUUGCUCUAAGAUUCUAUGAAUGUGACCAAUCAAUUCAUAUGUAUAAAACAAGCAUUAGACCACUUUGAUUUUAAUCUGUGUUAUGCUGAUGCAUCAGGAUUGAUUCUACCUG